GAAGUGACGCCCGAGUUACCUUGGGGACCGUUGCUAGGGAUGCGGCGCCCCGUUGCCUAGCAACGGGUCGGGCCGGUCCCCCGCGGCGGAGAUACGGCCGGUCGCCGCGCAUCCUCGGGCGCGGGUCCCAGCCCCGCCUGCCGCCCCGGGGCCCGUUCCGGGCAUCUUGCCCCUGGCAUCCCUGGUGCCCCCCGGCCCCGCACCCCUCCAUCGCUCCCCGCUGCAUCCCGCGGGCCGAGCCGCCCCCGCCCAUGACCUCGGUGCUGGCCAGCGGCGGUCCCAGGAUGACCGGGACCUACACCUUCUCCAGCCAGCCCCGGGCCCUGCCCUCUCAACGCCGUCGCUACCGGUACAGCCUGGGCUCGAUGCAAGAAGAGGAGCCGAUUCAUUAUGGAAACAUCAUGUAUGACAGGAGGGUGAUUCGAGGCAACACUUAUGCCCUACGUAUGUUACCUGUGAAUGCACAACCGGAUCCCAUUGAACUCCACAAGCAGCAAGAGGCCCACAGGAAAGCACUGGCCAGAAGGCGUGCUAAGGAGCAGCUUCAACCAAGAACUCCUGAGCCAGUGGAGGGGAGAAAGCAUGUAGAUGUGCAGACUGAAUUAUACCUCGAGGAGCUCAGCGACCGUGUAGUAGAAAUCGACAUGGAGUGUCAAACUGAUGCUUUUCUGGAUCGACCACCCACGCCCCUCUUCAUCCCAGCUAAAACCGGCAAGGACAUAGCCACCCAAAUUGAGGAAGGAGAGCUUUUUGACUUUGAUAUCGAAGUCAAGCCGAUGUUAGAGGUUUUGGUGGGAAAAACCAUUGAGCAGGCUCUCCUGGAAGUAAUGGAAGAAGAAGAGUUGGCCAACCUGCGAGCCCUUCAGUACAGCUUCGAAGAACUGCGUAACGCAGAGCUGGCAGAAGUGCAGAGACUGGAAGAGCAGGAGAGACGUCACAAAGAAGAGAAGGAGCGUCGCAAAAAUCAGCAGAUGGAGGUGAUGAACAAACAGAAUGAAACUUCGGAAAAAAUCGCCGCUCGAGCUUUCGCUCAGCGAUACCUGGCUGACCUCCUGCCAUCGGUCUUUGGCAAUCUCAGGGACAGUGGCUAUUUUUACGAUCCUGUGGAAAGAGAUAUUGAAGCAGGAUUCCUUCCGUGGUUGAUGAAUGAAGUCGAAAAAACCAUGGAGUACCACAUGGUGGGAAGAACAGUACUUGACAUGUUGAUUUGUGAGGUGGUCGAAAAGAGAUUAAACAUGUUUGAAAAUGGGAGAUUACAAGAAUCAACAGUAUCCCAAGAAGGGGAGGACUCUCUGAAGAAAACUUCAGAAGGGGAGUAUUCUGAGGACAUAAAAGAAUCAGAAGAGGAUAAAGGAUCUCUGGAAAAGUUGCCAUUCAUAGACAAGGAGGAGUCCCUCAAGCAGAAAGAAUCUCAGGAGGCGGUGGGAUCAACCAAGUCCUUAGAGAAAGAGGAAUCCCAAGACCAGAGUGGAUUAGCAGAGAAGAGUGAAUCUCUAGAGAAAGAAGAAUCGGAAGAUCAGAAAGAACCUCAGGAGUUUUGAAAAAAAAAAUGACAGUUAAAGCCCACAACUGAAAAAUCAGGGAACCUAUUUUAUUCAAGAAGAUCAUUCACUGUCCUUGGCGGAAAGAAGAUUUUUGGAAAGAGAUUUUUGAUUCAGCUUUUCAUCGUGAGGAGAAAAACACAACAAUGUAUAAAGAUGGAUAUUUUGGUGUUGAUCCACCUAAUUUAUCUGGUUAUUAAAUUUUUCAUCUUCAUGUAUGAUUCAGAAGAAGAUAACACCCCUUUUACCCAUGUAAAAAUUAAUGUAAGACAGCACGAAAAACUGGAGCCGUGGUAUCACAGAACUGCAUUUAAAUAAGAGAAGCUUUUUCUUUUUG